AAGAAAACAGACACGCAAGAAAGGAGGAACAUCUCUUCUUCUCUCCUCACUCCAUUCACAGAGCCUGCGAGAACUCGGCCCUGCUGGGACCUCCCGACCGAGCCCCCGUUUGCUUUCUCCCAUUGUGACAUGGACUAUUCCUGUUGAAAACGAAAAGCCGUUGCACUUUUUUCUGGCCGUGACCCAACUUGACUCAGCGAUGACACCUUGACUUUGGGAUUUUAGCUCCGAACUCAAACGUCUCUCAGCUGGGCCUGUUUUGUAAGUAGCCAAAAAUGGGUUCUGAUGUACGUGACCUCAACACUCCUCCUCCCGUGCCCCCACUGCCCGGGGGGAACGGUAACUGCGCCCUGCCCGUGAGCAGCACCCCACAGUGGGCUCCGAUGCUGGACUUUCACACCGGCACUCCCUACAGCUCGCUGGCCCCGCACUCCUUCAUCAAACAGGAGCCCAGCUGGGGCACGGCCGACCCCCAUGAAGACCCUCACUGCGGGCUGAGUGCCUUCACCGUGCACUUCUCUGGACAGUUCACUGGCACUGGGGCCUGCAGGUACGGAGCCUUCGGGGCCCCUACAUCCAGCCAGCCUCCACCCAGUCAGCCCAGGAUGUUCAGCAAUGGCCCUUACCUCUCCAACUGCAUGGACAGCCAGCCCAGCUCCAGGAAUCAGGGUUACGGUGCUGUUUCUUUUGAUGGAGCCACAAACUACGGACACACACCUUCCCAUCACACCUCGCAGUUUCCUAACCACUCCUUCAAACACGAGGACCCCAUCACGCAGCAAAGCAACAUGGGUGAGCAGCAGUAUCCUGUUCCUCCUCCGGUAUACGGCUGCCACACUCCCUCUGACAGCUGUACAGGAAGUCAGGCUCUGCUCCUGAGGAACCCAUACAACAGUGAUAAUUUAUAUCAAAUGGCGUCACAGUUGGAAUGCAUGGCGUGGAAUCCCGUCAACCCUCUGGCGUCCACUAUAAAGAGCCAUGCAGGAGGCUAUGAGAGUGACCCCAGCACACCCAUGGUCUACAGCUGCAGCACGCAGUACCGCAUCCACACCCACGGCGUCUUCAGAGGCCUUCAGGAUGUGCGGAGAGUACCGGGCAUUACACCAGCUAUUGUGCGUUCAUCUGAAACCAACGAAAAAAGGCCGUUUAUGUGCGCUUACCCGGGCUGCAACAAAAGAUACUUUAAACUAUCUCACUUACAGAUGCACAGCCGUAAACAUACAGGGGAGAAACCCUAUCAGUGUGACUUCACAGACUGUGGUCGCAGGUUCUCCAGAUCAGACCAGCUUAAAAGACACCAGAGAAGACACACAGGCGUUAAGCCAUUCCAGUGUGAAACCUGUCAGAGAAAGUUCUCACGGUCAGACCACCUUAAGACCCACACCCGGACACAUACAGGUGAGAAGCCCUUUAACUGCAGAUGGCCAAACUGUCAAAAGAAGUUUGCCAGGUCUGAUGAGCUUGUCCGGCACCACAACAUGCACCAGAGGAAUCUGACGAAGCUACAGCUGGCCAUCUGAGCCACGUCCCAUUGGCAGUGGGUGCUGGUGCGGCCCCAUCCCAAAGCAUUAACUGCAGCUUUUUUUAAGGAAAAACAAUAGUCUGUUUUCCUUUAUAAUAGUUCAAGUUAUGGUUUGGAUAUGGGAAACUGGCAAGACAAGACAACACUCUCUUUAUCUGCAUGUGCAGCGCCUCCUAGAGGCAGCUCACUACAGGCCCUAAUACACCAUUAUAGUGGCUUCAGCAUAAAAGUAUGUUUCCAGUGAGGAAACCUCAUGUCUUAAAUAAGAUUUUGAGAUUUGGGAUGUGAAAUAUUAUGUACCUAACAGUUAAUGAAGUAGUUUUUAGAGUAAUUUAUUUUGUUUGUUGUAAAUUAAAAAGUAACAGUUUUUUUUUCUUUCCUUGUAAAUUCAUCCAAACUACAUCCGUCCUUGGCAUGUUGUAUCUGGAAUUGUGAAACUCUCUCCACUGAAGUGCUCAUCCAUGCUGUUUGUAAAAAUCCACUCUCUUUGACCAGUUAAUUUAUGAGUAGGUCACACUGGUUAUGUGGCUGAGCGGUUGUGGUCAAGUUGUACAUAUUAGUUUCAAUCCUCAGCCAACACCAAAAAAUAAAAAUCUAACAGGCAAAAUUCUGUUCAUGGGAAAUGUGACUAACUAUAAGUAACGGAAAGAAAUGUGAAACGUAUUUGGAUGGACAUGUUUUGUUUUUUGUUUUUUAAAAUGAGCUUUAUUUGUAUGUUUGUCAUAUAUAUAUCUGUUAUUGACAGUCAUUGUUUUUAAAAAAAAAAAAUUAAACUCUCGGCAUUAACUUGAUGAAAUGUGAAGCUCCAAUUCUGCUCCAAUUUUCAUUUUUAAGGUUCAAUUCAUUAUUUUUUUUUAAAUGAAGAAAAAUGUUACAGUUGUCUCUUGAUAAAUAUUGUUUCUUUUUUAAUUAUUUUAAUUUAAUUAGAGUUUAUGGGGGUUUAAAACGUCUUAAU